AAAUCAUUGUAAAAUCUCAAUGCUUUUUUAAUCCUUAAACCCUCUAAACUAGAGCACGUUGCCGCAUUAAUUUCGCACUCCCACCAUUUCACAUUCAACUAUAUAAACUAUCCAAACAAACAGAUCUCACACAACAAAAAGUCCCCAUCUUUACUUCAAAAAUCUUCAAGAAUCUUGUAAAUCAACCUACAAAUCGCCAUGUACAGCCCCAGGUUCAGCUCAAGAACCCUUCUUCUCCCCGCAAUUCUACUCCUCCUCCUCACUGCUGCAUCAGUUUCAUCAGAAAAUGAAGAUGCCGAUGAUCUGGGCGACAUUGAUGAACUCAUCGCAAUAGACGACGAGCAAGAAAAUGGCGAGAAUUCGCAGCCCACGACAGCCUAUUUUGAAAGUAGAGAAGCCGGAAAGAAAUCCGAGGUGUUGAGCAGAGCUCAGAGAGUAGUUCUUGAGCUCAACGGUGAUAGCGCGAAGAGGGCAAUUGAGGAGAAUGAGUAUGUGAUGGUGUUGGGCUACGCGCCGUGGUGUGGAAGAAGUGCUGAAUUGAUGCCGAGGUUUGCCGAGGCUGCAAAUGUGCUCAAGGGUUUAGGGAGUAGGGUUUUGCUGGCCAAGAUUGACGGCGACAGGUACACGAAGGCGGCUUCGAGCCUCGAGAUUAAAGGGUUUCCAACUCUGCUGCUGUUUGUCAAUGGCAGCUCUCGGCCUUACACCGGUGGAUUUUCAUCGGAAGAAAUCGUGUUAUGGACAAGGAAGAAGACGGGGGCGCCUGUCAUUGGAAUGAGCUCGGUAGCUGAUGCAAAUGAAUUCCUGAAGCAGCACUCCACGUACGCGGUUGGGCUAUUUGAUAAGUUUGAGGGACCUGAUUAUGGAGAAUUCGUAAAAGCUGCUGUUGCUGACAAUGAAGUCCAAUUUGUAGAAACAAGCAGCACUGAGGUAGCCAAAGUAUUAUACCCUGUUGGCACUCCAACUAAACCUUUCUUUGGUCUUGUGAAAAGCGAACCGGAGCAUUACACAUCGUUUGAUGGACACUUCAGUUCAGAUGAAAUCUUGCAUUUUAUGGAGACCAACAAGUUCCCAUUGGUUACUGUAAUGACUGAGCUCAACUCCGGUAAAGUAUACUCCAGCUCGAACAAGCUACAGGUGUAUGUCUUUGCUGAGGAUGAUGACUUGCAGAAGCUUCUCAAGCCACUACAAGAAAUUGCGAAGAAGUUCAAGUCGCAGUUGAUGUUCGUAGCUGUAGAUAUUAGGGAGGAAAACCUUGCAAAGCCCUUCCUGACUUUAUUUGGUCUAGAAGACUCGGAGGAUACGGUGGUUAUUUCUUUUGACUACAACAGCAAUUCCAAGUAUCUGCUAGAAUCUGAUCUCACAUCAAGAAAUAUUGAAGAAUUCUGUACGGGCCUCGUGCAAGGGACAUUGAAGCCAUUCUAUAAGUCACAAACAAUUCCUGAUAAUAAAAAUGCCGGUGUUCUGACUGUAGUGGGACAGACAUUUGAUGAGUUUGUCCUCAACAGUCCUGCAAACAUUGUUUUAGAGGUCCACACGCCGUGGUGCAUCACCUGUGAAACCACGAGCAAGCAUGUCGAGAAAUUGGCAAAGCACUUCAAGGGGUUGGAUAAUCUGGUUUUUGCAAGGAUAGAUGCUUCGACAAAUGAACAUCCAAAGUUGCAGGUUGAGGACUAUCCAACGCUACUCUUCUACCCUGCAAACGACAAGUCAAAUCCGGUAUGUCAUAGCUAUGCAUUCUUAAACGUUCCACUCCUUAUAGUCGAGGCCUGUCUUUGUAACACGUCUGACGCCUCAUACGCAGAUCAAGCUCUCCACAAAGUCCAGCUUGAAGGACUUGGCUGCACUUAUCAACAAAAAUUUGAAAAUUCAAGAUGGCGGCACGACCAAGGAUGAACUCUAGUCAAUAGUUGACGUGCGUUGCCGGAAGCCAACUUAUCUCUAGAGUUAUACGACAAACAAAAGCAGCAUGGGGAUGCUUUCAUAAUUGUAGAUGGACACAAUUUGUGAACUUUUUUUUUUUUUUUUAUAAAACACAAUUUGUGAACUUAUACUGCAGAGAAAAAAUAUAUCUCUGUAAAAUUUAGUGUGUGUAACAGGUCCAAUGAGCUCAAGGUAUAAUCAGUUAUAGAAGCUUGGUAGAUUUUUUGAAGAAACGUGAUUUCUGAUCUUCCAAGAUAUAUAUACACUUCAUUUACAGUA